AUGUCGAAUCCCCCACAAGCAUUCUUCAUCAACCGCCCGCCCGCCAAAGAGACGAACAUAGCAUGGAAGGAGCCCCCGCCCCCGAACAACCCCGUGGUCAGAGGCCUUCCGCUGCAUUAUGGAGCUAUCGCGAUUUCCAACCUCAACUUCGUCCAGAAUAUUUUGUGGUCCAAUGCGGGUUUCAGCUCGCUUCGUGAUCGAGAGGAGUUGAAGCGCUUUGAGCCGAGAUAUGAUCCCACCGUCGUCAAGACGAAUGGCCCCUCAUCCACCAACAUCUCCUCGGCUGAGCUUCUUAAAGGACUCCUCGAGGAGGACUGGACGUCGAAGAAACCGCAAGAUAAAGCGUUCCCUUCGACUUUGGAUUACUAUGAGGCGUAUAAAUCGGGGAGUGUCACGCCGACGGAUGUGGCUAAGGUGUUGUUGCCUUUGCUUCAGAGGGAUGGGAAGGACACUCGGGAGCAUGCGGUGGCGUUUUUGCAGGUGAGGGAGGAUCUUGUGCUGGAGGCGGCGGAGGAGAGUACGAGGAGGUGGAAGGAGGGAAGGCCUUUGAGUCCGCUGGAUGGUGUCCCUGUUGCGGUCAAGGAUGAAGUGGACCUUACCGGGUACAAGAAGUGCUAUGGCUCGAAUCUCGACUUCACCCGCAGCGAUGAUGUGACUUCGCAUUGUGUGAAGAUGUGGCAGGAUGCGGGCGCUUUGGUGAUGGGGAAGACGGUUAUGCAUGAGUUGGGGUGUGAUAUUACGGGCAAUAAUCCUACCAAGGGAACACCGCUGAACCCCAACAAUACGAACUACUACUGUGGAGGAAGCUCGAGUGGUAGUGCGUACUCGGUGGCUGCUGGGUUGAUGCCCCUCACUGAGGGCAACGAUGGAGGUGGAUCGAUUCGAAUCCCGGCAAACUACUGCGGCCUGUACGGUCUCAAGACCACCCAUGGCCGAGUUAGUGAAGCUCCCACGACUGGUCUGGCAAGAAGUACUGGUGUGGCAGGCCCAAUAGCCGCCAAUAUGGUCGACCUGGAGAUCGGCUACAGGAUCAUGAGCCAGCCAACUCCACUCGACAACGACCCCCCCAUCGUCAUCCCACCAGGCCAAGUAAACCUCCAAUCGAACAGGAACAAAGUCCUAGGAAUCUACAAACCCUGGUUCGACCUCGCAGACGAAGACGUCAAGGCCGCCUGCAACAAAGCCAUCGACUACCUCACCUCCAAGCUCGGCUACGAGAAAGUCGACAUCACCAUCCCCAUGGUCCACGAAGGCCAACUCGCCCACGCCAUGACCAUCCUCAGCGAACUCUGCCAGGGCGUCAAAGCAUCCGAUACGCACAAACUCUCCGCACCGAACAAGGUCCUCCUCUCUGUCGCCCGCAAGACCACAAGCGUGGAUUUCCUCCAAGCGCAACGUCUUCGGAACCUCAUCAUCCAACAUCUCAGCGAUCUCUACACUAAACACCCCUCCCUCAUAAUCCUCACCCCCACCACCCCCUCCGCAGGCUGGCGCAUCGAACCGGGCGACCUUCCCCACGGCCUCACCAACGCCAACAAACAACUCCGCAACAUGACCUACGCCUGGCUCGCCAACUUCUCCGGGUGUCCGUCCAUCUCGGUCCCCGUCGGGUACGCAGAGGAUCCUGAGGGGAAGGUCCCCAUUGGGUUGAUGGGGAUGGGCGAGUGGUGUGGUGAGGAUGAGUUGCUCGCGUUUGGGUAUGAUUGUGAGAGGUUUGUCGGGGAGGUGCUGGAGGGGGGGAGGGUGAGGCCGGGGGGGAGGUGGGUGGAUGUUCUUGGGAGGGCGAGGGAGGGGAAGGUGUAG